AUGGGCGACCUAGGGAGUUUCACCAUUCCUAUGUCUAUAGGAGGAAAGAAUGUAGGGCAUACUUUGUGUGACUUAGGAGCUGACAUCAACCUUAUACCCCUAUUAGUGUACCAAAAGCUAGGGAUUGGUGAAGCUAGACCUACAACCGUUACCUUGCAAUUGGCAGAUAGGUCCAUUACACACCCUGAGGGUAAGAGUGAGGACGUUUUGGUGCAGGUGGACAAAUUCAUCUUUCCAGCAGACUUCAUCAUCCUGGACUACGAAGUUAACAAGGAAAUCCCAAUUAUUUUAGGAAGACCGUUCUUAUCCACGGGUAGAGCCUUAAUAGAUGUACAUAAUGGAGAGCUGACCAUGAGAGUUAAUGACCAGCAGGUGACAUUUAUUCUUUUUAAUUCCAUUAAAUUCCCUGCUGAUAUAGAAGAAUGCUCUUUGUUAAGGCUUGCAGAUGAUUUGCGGAGUGAAGAAAUGCAAACGGAAGAGCUGCUAGACCAACUGGAGGAGGAGAUAACCAAAAUUUUCGAAGAAAAGGAAAAGGAAGCCAAGCUGAUCCAAGGCAGACCAAAUGAAGCCUCAUCCGAUAGAGUCUACAAGAAAGCAUUUGAAUCGUCGGAAUUGAAGGACAGAGAGCAAGCGUCAUUACAGUCAUCUGUGGAGAAAGCCUCCAAGUUGGAGCUGAAGGUUCUGCCAACACAUCUUAAGUACGCCUAUCUUGGAAAAGCUGAGACAUUGGCAAUAAAUAUUGCAGCUGACUUGGCUGAAAAGAAAGAGUUUCGGCUGAUAGAAAUGCUGAAGAAUCACAAGAGGGCCAUUGAUUGGACUAUAGCAGACAUAAAGGAGAUCAAUCCAAGCUAUUGCAUGCAUAAAAUCAAUUUGGAAGAGGGUUGUAAGAACUCAAUUGAACACUAA